AUGGAUCCCCAGCGGCAUCUCCCCUCCAACCUCCUGCUGCUUCUCUUCCUGGCUUUUGAGCUGAGCUGCACAACAGGUGAGGGCUCGAUGAAUUGCCCAAAGAUCCUAGGGGCAUUGGGACACAGCGUGCUGCUGCCUUUCACAUCUGGAGAGAAUAAAACAAUGAACAAGAGCAAGCACAUCCUUGUUACUGUGGCGGAAUCACCAGGAAGCAGUGUCAAGAAGAAAAUUGUGUCUUUUCAUCAAAUGGAAGGGGAUUCUCCUGGCUACCUGGAGAAUCGCUAUCAAUUUCACUUGGAAGACCUGAGCCUGGAGAUCCUAGAAAGCAAGAAGGAAGAUGAGGGCUGGUACACGAUGACCCAGGAAGAAAAUGUCUCCGUCCAGUUAUUCUGCCUGCAGCUGAAGCUCUAUGAGCAGGUCUCCACACCAGAAAUUAAGGUGGUGAGCCACACCCAGGAGAACGGGAACUGCAGCUUGACGCUGGACUGCCUCGUGGAGACGGGAGAUCAAGUGACUGUUGGCUGGCGUGAGGUGGCAGGCGCCCACCCACUGAGCCCAGCCAUCGGGUCCAACCGCCUCCACCUCACUCUGGGCCCUCAGCAUGCAGACAACACCUACAUCUGCACUGUCAGCAACCCUAUCAGCAACCGCUCCCAGGCCUUCCACGCGGGGCACAAAUGCAUGAAGUCAGGUGAGUUAACACCACAAUGGGGACUGUAUGCUGGGCUGGUCUUAGGGGGCAUCAUUGGUGUCGUCAUGAUUAUCCAAGCGGUAAUACUACUAUUGAGAAGAAAAGGUAAAAUAGAUCAUAACCAGCCAACGAUGGAAGGGAAAAACCGUACUAUCUAUGCCCAAGUCCAGAAAUCAGGUUCUGUUCAUAAGAAACCGGAUCCCCUGCCAGCCCAGGACCCCUGUACCACCAUUUAUGUUGCUGCCGCGGAGCCUGUCCUGGAACCUGCCCCGGAACUAACCUCCAUCACUGUCUAUGCCAGUGUGAUGCCUCCAGAGAGCUGA